AUGGGCGCUGCGGAGGGCCUGUGCGGGGUUGGGUCGGCUGCUGCAAUGCUUGGCCAAGGUUCGGCCAAGCCUCCAAGCAAUGGAAUUGGCCUUGAGCGAGGUGUUGUCAACAAGAAGUGGUACCUCGUAUCUGUCGAUCCAAGCCGUGAGCUGCAUAGUAGUUGGUCGCUGAAUAUUGAUCACCGCCCGUGUGGUUAUCUUGGCAUCCUCCUGGCUAUGGAUUGGCUCACCAGGGUGCUAAGCUCCAUUGGAGACUUGUUCGCAUUCUCCAACAUCGCAGACAAGGAGGCGCCAAAUUUGUUCCUGGCAUUUGCAACAAUGCCAUGGAUAUCACAGAUUUCUUAUGUUGGUAUACAUGGUGGAAUGCUUCUCUCCUAUUACAAUGAUGAGAACCAGGCGCGCACGAUGUUUUCGAAUAUUUCAGAUUCUUCCAAUUAUUCUGCUGCACAUAAAUGGUACAGCCAAUCAGUAGAUCGAGAUACUGGGAUGGUGUAUGGAGAUGUGAUUCCUUGCUCUCCACAACAAAUUGGUUCCCAAUGGUUUCAAGAUGCAUUAAAUGGUAAGAGCAGGUAUGCUUCAUGGGGAGUUGGCUGGAACAAAGCUAGGGAUCAGAUGCUCUUUUUCACUGCUCCAGUGGCCAGAUCAGGAGUUAUUUCCAUCGGAAUUGCCAUGAAAGAUCUCGUUGAUAAUAUUUUUCGUGUCAACCUUUGGGGCGGGCACUUGUAUGUAGCUACAGAAGAUGGGCAUGUCAUAGCAGAGACUGGACCACCGCAUACUCGCUAUGUGCUUGGUAAUAAUACAGUUUCAAUCCAUGUAAUGGAUAAGAGUGAUACCUUACCACUUGAAAAGCAUGAUAAUUUUUCAUGCCAGCUUGAUAACCCUGAAGGUACAGGCAGUGAUCCAUCUCAUACUAACUAUUUGAGCAUUUGGGGCAAGAGAUACAAUUUUGGUUGUGCUCAUCUUGAUGUUUCUAGAAUCAGAAUGGUAUAUGUAAUUGCUUUUCCCUGUAAGGAAGUAAUUCCCCUCGUUCAUAAGAUGAAGAUAGUUGUUGUCUCACUGCUGUCACUUAUGAUUCUCGGUGUGAUUGUCGGAAGUUCCAUCAUGCUGCAACUGUUGAGGAGAUCGCGAAUACAGGAAGCAUUUCUAUAUGCGAGCCUCAUCAAGCAAAAGGAGGCGAUUCAACAGGCAGAGCAGAAGAGUAUGAAUAAGAGCUUGGCAUUUGCUAGUGCCAGCCAUGACGUGCGUACUUCUCUCGCAGGCAUCACUGGCUUAGUAGAACUUUGUCGUCUUGAUGCCACCCCAAAUUCCAAAUUGGAUAGGCACUUGGAGCAGAUGAGUACUUGUGCAUCACAACUUCUAGGGAUAGUAAAUUCAGUUCUCGAUACAAGUAAAGUAGAAGCAGGAAAGAUGCAACUAGAAGAGGUUGAAUUUGAUAUGGCUCAAGUGCUUGAGGAGUCAGCAGACAUAUUCCAUGUUGUCGCUCUUAAGAAAGGCCUAGAGGUGAUUUGGGAUCCUUGUGAUUGCUCAGUUCUUAGAUGUUCAAAUGUCAAAGGAGAUUGUCGACGGCUUAAACAGAUUCUCGAUAACCUACUUGGCAAUGCAGUGAAGUUCACAUCCGAGGGACACGUGGUUGUGCGUGCUUGGGCUAAGAAGCCUAGCUUAGAAAAUUUUAAACUUUCUUCGAACCAUGAGUUCCGCUUUCCUAGCAUAUUAAGCCAUCUGACAAGGUGCCUUUGGAAGAAUGAAACUAAUAUGGAAAUUCUUAAUCCUGUUCAGCAUGGCCCAGAUUCUGUUGAAUUUAUUUUUGAGGUAGAGGACACUGGUAAGGGAAUACCCAAGGAAAAGAGAGCUUCUGUCUUUGAGAACUAUGUGCAAGUCAAAGAAACAACUACUGGAGGACAUGAGGGCACUGGUUUGGGACUUGGAAUAGUUCAAUCCUUUGUGCGACUGAUGGGUGGUGAGAUUAGCAUUAAGGAGAAAGAUCCUGGUGAAAGAGGAACAUGUUUUAGGUUUAACAUUUUUCUCAAGUCAAGUGAUGCAUCUUUGGAUGGUGAAGAGAAUACCAAUUCUCAGUUGCAUCCAAGAAAUACAUCUGUUGCUAGUACUCAACUUGCUGGGAAAAAUGUGACUGCCCAAUCAAAAAUUCGUGCCAUGACAUUCAAAAGAGGUCUUCAAAUGGAAGGAAUUCACUCUCUACUUUUGAUUCAAGGUGAAACAAAAGAAAUUAUGCAAAGAUGGAUGGAAAGCCUUGGAGUAAAGGUAUGGGCAAUCGACCACCACAAGCUUCUAUAUCCUUCACUCGAAAAGAUCAAGAAUAGUCUUUGUGCCUCUGCAAAGCCCGAUUCAGUGUCACGUAGCAAUUCCUUGUCCAGAACCACAUCUCUCAAUUAUAACAAAGAAAAUGAGGGGUGUUCUAGCUCUGUAGAUGUGGCUGAUCAAACUUUGCUCUUACCACUAAGGAACGUCUGA